UGAACUUAACCACUUGGCCAUGGGGCUGGCCCCCAAUAAUUUUUAAAAAGGGUAGCCAUUUUACUAUUUUCGUUAGUAGUGUAAUAAUUGUUGUGAUUCCAUUUUUCCUCUCCAAUGCCGAAUAUUUCUGUAGGCAUGAUUAUAGCCCAGGGUUGUUGUAGAUAUUAAAUUACUUUUAAAACUUUGCUGUUGAAUCUUUUUAAAAGUGAUAAAAACAGUACACAUUCUAUGAGAAACCCUCAGCCAUAGAGAAGUGUAGGUGGAGUCUGGCAGAUCGCUGAGUCUGUGGGCAAUACAGAUUUUAGACCAGAGCCCACAGAUGGGUAGCCCAGAGCCCAGAGUGUUUUUGUUUGGUUGGCACAGUGUUUUAAAAACUGUGAAUUUGCUGCUGACACUUGAAAAUGGUGACAUUUCACGUAAAAUCCCAAUAUCUGACUUCCCUUGAAUACUCAAGUUAUCUGAAGGCACUGGGCCUUCUUCCCAAACAGGAUCAGUCAGCUCGUGCUCGGUGGUUGCUGUUCCAUGUUUCGUCUCCAUCACUGAGGCCAAGGGCCGCUUCCCAUUUAUUGUUAUGCUUUUACUGUGGUUUUUUAAAUAGUACAGAAUAGUACUAUAUACCUAUUUCUCUGUCAAAAAUAGGAAAAAAAAAGAUGGAGAAAACCAUGUUAUAAGACAAAUGAUAAGGAGACUAUUUCAUGGUAGAAAUGAAGAUGGUUCCUACAUAUUUACUGGGGCGUCUGUGUCACUUUUCUUGUGCUUGGCUUGCUUUACUUGCUUAUGUUACCCUGUCUUGACCCUAUGGACAUUUCAAUUUGCAGGCUCCUCCUGAACGUCUUGGAUCUCUCUCUAAGCUCUGUCCUUUUCUUUUCUAGUCCCGCCUUCCUUUUUGUUCUGCCCUAGCUCACCCUCAAUAACUGAGUCUGUUUCUAUGGAGAACUGCGGAGACUUCUGGAGCAACAGAAAAUCCACGCUUACUCAAGCCUGUGUGCUUUGUCCCCCACUGGCCACACCUUCCAGAAAAGCAAAGAAAUCUUCCCCCCAACUUACAGAUGAUUCAGUUUUUUCAUUGAAAAGCAGAAGUUUCCAUUCAGCUGUUAGAGAUUGAAGGUUUAAAGUGCAAACACGUUGAAGAAGACCUGUGAACUGAAAUUUGCUCACUAAUAGAUCAGCAAGUGGAAGUGAGAGUCCAGCUUACUGUUUUGACUGACAUGAUCUUAUGUGGUUAGGAGAGCUCCGGGCAACUGGUAGAGAGCAAGGGGGUUUCCCCAGGUGAGAAUGGAGAUGGAGAUGAAGUACAGAAGGUUGUGGGAUUAGUGAUAUGCUUUCCUAGACAGCAGAAAAGUCAAAGAUGUCGAGACACUUAGUGGCUUUGACAGUGACCACCCUUCUUGGUGUGGCUGUGGGGGGGUUUGUCCUCUGGAAAGGCAUCCAGCGCCGGAGAAGUAAAACGAGUUGUGUGACCCUGCGGCGGCAGCAGCAGCAGCAGCAGCAGCAGCAAGCACGAGACAGGAGAGAGCCGCCCCCUCCGGAAGAAGAGCAGCUGCGCCCCAGUGCCCCCAGAGCCUCGUGGGAGGAGAAGAUCCUCGAGGCAAAGGUGGUGACUGUGUCUCACGGGGCAGAGUGGGAUCAGAUCGAGCCCUUGCUGAGGAGUGAGCUAGAAGAUUUCCCGGUACUUGGAAUUGACUGUGAGUGGGUGAAUUUGGAAGGCAAAGCCAGUCCUCUGUCACUCCUUCAAAUGGCCUCCCCAAGUGGCUUCUGUGUCUUGGUUCGCUUGCCCAAGCUGGUCUGUGGAGGAAAAACACUACCAAAAACGUUACUGGACAUUUUGGCCGAUGACACUAUUUUAAAAGUUGGAGUAGGAUGUUCAGAAGAUGCCAGCAAGCUUCUGCAGGACUAUGGCCUCGUUGUUAAGGGGUGCCUGGACCUCCGAUACCUAGCCAUGAGGCAGAGAAACAAUUUGCUCUGUAAUGGGCUUAGCCUGAAAUCACUCGCUGAGACUGUUUUGAACUUUCCCCUUGACAAGUCCCUUCUACUUCGUUGCAGCAACUGGGAUGCUGAGAAUCUUACUGAGGACCAGGUAAUUUAUGCUGCCAGGGAUGCCCAGAUUUCAGUGGCUCUCUUUCUCCAUCUUCUUGGAUACCCUUUCUCUAGGAAUUCAACUCCAGAAGAAAACAGUGACUGCACUGGCUGGAGAAAAGUCUUGGAGAAAUGCCAGGAUGUGGUAGACAUCCCAUUCCGGAGCAAAGGACUUAGCAGAGUGGGAGAAGAGGUUACUGGGGAGGCGACAGAGUCUCAGCAGAAGCCAAGAAAUAAGAAGUCUAAGAUCGAUGGAGCGAUGCCGGGCGGCCACCAGGGGAGGGACCCCAGAAAACAUAAAAGAAAGCCCCUGGGGGUGGGCUAUUCUGCCAGAAAAUCACCCCUCUAUGAUAACUGCUUUCUUCAUGCUCCUGAUGGACAGCCCCUCUGUACUUGUGAUCGAAGGAAAGCUCAGUGGUACCUGGACAAAGGCAUUGGAGAGCUGGUGAGCGAAGAGCCUUUUGUGGUCAAGCUACAGUUUGAACCUGCGGGAAGACCUGAAUCCCCAGGAGACUACUACUUGAUGGUUAAAGAGAACCUGUGUGUAGUAUGUGGCAAGAAAGACUCCUAUAUUCGGAAGAACGUGAUUCCACACGAGUACCGGAAGCACUUCCCCAUUGAGAUGAAGGACCACAACUCGCACGAUGUGCUGCUGCUCUGCACCUCCUGCCACGCCAUCUCCAACUACUAUGACAACCAUUUGAAGCAGCAGCUGGCCAGGGAGUUCCAGGCCCCCAUUGGCUCCGAGGAGGGCUUGCGUCUGCUGGAAGAUCCUGAGCGCCGGCAGGUGCGUUCUGGAGCCAGGGCCUUGCUCAACGCAGAGAGCUUGCCUGCUCAUCGAAAGCAAGAGCUGCUGCAAGCUCUCCGAGAGUUUUAUAACACAGACACCGUCACGGAUGAGAUGCUUCAAGAGGCUGCCAACCUGGAGACCAGGAUUUCCAAUGAAGGCUACGUUCCUCAUGGGCUGAAGGUGGUGCAGUGCCAUUCCCAGGGUGGGUUGCGCUCCCUCAUGCAGCUGGAGAGCCGCUGGCGUCAGCAUUUCCUGGACUCCAUGCAGCCCAAGCACCUGCCUCAGCAGUGGUCAGUGGACCACAACCAUCAGAAGCUGCUCCGGAAGUACGGGGUAGACCUUCCCAUCAAGCUGUCGUGAUAGGUGCUUUGCUCCCAGGUUAGGACAGCUGGGAAGCUGGAGUUAAGGUGGACAAGUCACCUCUUCCUCUUUUAAUAGAUUUUUCCUUGUCAAAGCCUGGUGACGCAACUCAGAAUACUAACCCAUACUGAUCCCACGGUGCUUCUGGUGGAGCAAGGCUAUUCUUUUAAGGGGAGCUUACGGCUUUGAAUUUUAGUUAGGCAGAGUGAGAAUUGCUUUUUCCUCCUUUUUUUAUUUUUGUGGAUGAGGCAGGCCUUGGCCUUUAUUUAACUUUCCCUCUUCUGCUGUCCAUGUGCAGACGACAAAUGGAAGAUUCUUCCUGAAGUGACUUGUCAGGACUCUCAGCUCUUUAAUAUGUUUCUUCCCCGCCCAGUGUGUUGGUUUAUCUCAAACAGGGGCUGUCAAAAGAUUUCAGUCCCAUUAGGUUAGGAGGGGAGAAAACGUGCUUCCAAAAGCUGGAGAGGUGAACAAGGGGUCAGAUUCAUUUUCCCGGUUCAACCUCAUCAUUGUAAAUUCUUUGGCUUAUUGCUGUCCUGCAGCUCACCUGGUUGGGAUCCAUCCCUUCUAGGUCGCUUUCAGUUUGUUUCAUGUGCUUGAAAAUGCUCCCCUUUACAUGUCCAGGACCAAAGCAGCGACUUCCUGCCAUAUGCUUCCACCCUAACACUGGGGGGAAUCCUUUUCUGGAAAUAGGCCUUCCACUUGGGUGGGGCAGAGAGAAGCAUAAGCACCAACUCCUGAUAGAACUUUGAUGAUUUGCUCAGCUUUUCCUUCUGUGCCGGUUGUGGUCUGCUUGUUGAAUCCUCCUCCCAGAACUGCAAGGUUUGUAGCUUACUCCCUUUCUGAGAGGAAGAUUAUCUUUUCUCAGAAUCAAUAUCAGUUCCCUUCAGUGUUCCCUGUUCCAUCAGAUUUGCAACACUGGCCUCUUUUAAGCACUUACUUCUCUCCCGGAGUCAUUUGGUCAGGUUGCAGUGUAAGGAUUCCUCCAUCUCCUCUCAUGCCUAGGACGCCGAGAUUAAUUAGUACAUUUAGAUGUUCAAAUCGGUGGUGUUUUAUCUUUCAAAAUGUGAGGCCACCAGUUUGAUUAUGAAAUCAAUUUAUUAGUGAUUAGUAUUUUUUCUAAAGUAGUAGGAAAACUUUCUUACUUUACAAGAUCUUAACAAGUUUAAAAAAGAAUUUUUUAGCCAGAAUCCAUCAACAGCUCUGUUUUGGAAUUGUGCCCAAGUUGGCGAUGGUUGCUCUAACAUUGAUAAAUAAAACUUCUUCUAAGCACAAAGCUCA